AAUAAAAUCCAGCCAUUUGGAUACUGGUGCCGACAACGUGACAUGAUGAAUAGAGAGCCUCCAAAGAUUGAGGCUCAGCGCACUUUCCCUCCUCUUGACGAAAGUCUCUAUAACUUGCGCCCUCGAGACGCUGCAUUUUACAAGGAGCUGACUGGAAUUGAAGACGAUGCAGCCCUGAAGCAGCAUAUUUUGGAUAUUCAAGCCAAGGCAUACAAGGUUGCCCCUUACGGGUGCAUCUAUCUUUUCUUGUUUACCAGACGCGGAUUGUUGGACCUUCCCGCUUAUCGGCAAGUUUUACGUAUCGGACGUGAACGCAAGAGCUCAAUUUUUCUCGACGUCGGCUGCUGCUUUGGAAGUGACAUCAGGGAAGUAAUCCUUGAUGGUUUUCCUGCAGCUCAGACGAUUGGAACUGACCUCCAUCAAGAACUCUGGGAUCUGGGGCAUGAACUCUUCAAGUCAUCUCCAGAGACCUUUCUAGCUCACUUCGUACGCGGGGACGCUUUCAACCCCGAAAUACUUGCUGUGGCUCCGCCUGCGUCCAUGCAGACAUCAGGAACUUCAACCCCUGACCUCGAUAGCCUCACUUCGUUGAAUCCAUUACGUGGCUGUGUUUCCGUUAUUCACGCGACAGCCUUCUUCCACCUAUUUAAAGAAGAUCAACAGCUGCACAUGGCACGUGCUUUCGCUGGCCUUCUCUCUUCCGAACCAGGCUCCAUCAUUCUCGGAGUGCACACAGGUGCUCAACAGAAGGGUGUCAUGAAUCGAGUAUAUAGAGGCAUCGAGGUUGACAUGUUCGCCCAUAGCGUCGAGAGCUGGACUGCCAUGUGGGAUGGUGAAGUAUUCGAGAAGGGAACGGUCAAGGUAGAUGCUCAGUUCAAGGAGGUGUCUGAAGGUGCGGAAGGCGAUGAACGUUAUCCACUGUUGUACUGGUCUGUGACCAGGUUGUGAGCAUGUUUUUUCUUCCUCGCCAUCGGUAGAGUCUAGAACAGGCUAUGAAAUACAAUUCUCGAAUGAUCCGAUCAA